AUGGAAGAGUCAAAAGAGAAUAUUACCGCUGAAUUGAAACCGGCGGAGGACCCAACGUCAACCGAGUCGGAGAGCAAUGGUUGGAGGGUUGUCGGUAAUUCAGAAAACGAAGACACCACCAAAGCACCAAUAUCCGUUGAACCUAAAAGCGUUAAAACAGCUAUCCAAGAGGAGGCUAAAAUGUUUGAAGAGCUUUCUAUUACAGAAACGUCUCACGACGAAACAGUUAUGGCUACCCAAGACAUUGCUGACAAGAUUCAAGAUACAGCUAUUUCUGAAACAGUCACAGAAGACACAGCAACUGAGAAAGAUGAAAUGUCCGAAGAGAGUUCUAUUACAAAAACGGACGAAACAAUUAUGGCUACCCAAGACAUUACUGACAAGAUUCAAGAUACAGCUAUUUGUGAACCAGUCACAGAAGACACAACAACGGAGAAAGAUGAAAUGUUUGACAAGAGUUCUAUUACAAAAACGGACGAAACAGUUAUGGCGACCCAAGACAUUGCUGACAAGAUUCAAGAACCAACUAUCUCCGAAACACCUCCACCAGACAAAACAACCGAGAAAGAUGCAAUUUUAGAAGCGAUUUCUAUGAACGAAGUGGAUUCUACUACAAGCGAAAUAACAGCCGCUGCCGAAACUGCGGAGGUUGAAGAGGCCGUCACUGGGAUGUCUGAAGAAAUGGCUAAAGUUACAACAUCAUCUGCAGUCGAGAUGUCGACGAAAUCUUUAUCAGAACAUGCCGAUACUACUACAAGCGUAGCCGAAACGACAGCGGUCGGGGGUACUGAAGUGAGGCUGGUGUGGAAGGGAGAGGUCAGAGGAGAUGUAUUUGUGCAAGGGUCAUGGGACGGAUGGAGACAAUCAUAUAAACUAAACAAGAGUGUAAACGGAGAGCACAGUGUGACCCUGACACUACCGGUGGGUCUCCACGAGUACAAGUUCCGAACUGGGGACAGCCGGUUCUAUGACGAGACAAAGCCGGCUAUGCUAAACGUGUUUGUGACACUAAAUAACAUACUUCAAGUGCAAGCACUACCAGAAAGAGCAAUGAAAGUCGUACCAAACAUUGAAAACAAGUCAAACGAAGAACUUGUCAACGAAGCAGCACAACCAAUGAAGGCACCUCCGCUUGAGGCUCUACCUGAUGUUCAUGAAAAAGUGAAAAGUAGCAAUUUCAAUGAAACUACAGAAGUUACCGAAACAGAUGAGCAAACCGUUGCUAACAUGAUGAAAAAACUCAUUACAACAACAGCAACAGUAAACGAAUCAGUUGAAGGGGUCGAAAAGCCAAAAGAGAAAACCACACUACCAGACAAAACAGACGAAAAGAUGGCCCAUGAUAUAAUGGAGACCUUAGAACAAAUGGAACAUGUUGUAACAACGAUAACUACAGUCGAAGCAGCUGGAAGUGUUUCCUCAGACACAGAUCAGAUGUUGAAAGUGAUCAGCCAUACAGACAAAACGCUGCCAGACGAAAUGGACGGGGGUGUUAUAGCAUGCAAAGAUGACACGCCACGAGAGAAUAUUUGCACCAAACUAACACCGGACGAGACUACUGUCCGAACAGAGCAGCCUGAACCAAAGACUCUCACCGAAACAACGUCUGCAGUCGAGGCAGCUGAAGAGGUUCUCCACGAUACAGAAAAAGCGUCAGAAGAGCUUACCUCCUACACAACACUGCAGGACGAAAUAGAGAAGAGUUCUGAACCUUUCGAUAGUGAGAAAUCAGGAGAGAAAAGUUGCCCUGAAACACCAACAGACGGAGCACCUAGUGACGCGACUGACACUGACAACAUUAUCAAGACGGAAGAUGGAUCUUCCAUUGAAAUACCAGCACCAGACGUAUCCGUUGAGAUGACACCCGCACACGAGAUGCAGAGUGCUGUGGAUCAUGCUGCUGCAGAAACCUCACAAGACAAAACGCAAGACGAGACAGUUUCUCAAAAAGAGGAAACGUCUUACGAUAACGAUGACUCUACAGAACCACUAGAAGAAAAGCUAGAGAAUACAACAGUAGAUUCCUUAAAUCACAAUACGAAAGAUGAAACACCACCCUCUAACGAAACAGUCGACGAGGCACCAACUGACAAAGACAAGAAGCUAGAGGAUGCAGCACAAAAGGAGACACAUGUCUCUAACGAAACGGCCAGCAAUUCACACGAACAGAUGGCGGACAAGAUAGCAGAUACAGCUCUCACUCAAACACCAUAUCCAGAACUUAGAGUGGAGAAGCUGAGAGAUACGGCUACCAUUGAAGGACUACCAGAGAAAACGUGGGUGAGGAUAGCUCUGCACGACUAUGCUCACAUCAAGCUUCUGUGGAAGGGAGAAGGCAACGGUGGUGAUCUUUACGUACAGGGGUCAUGGGACGGGUGGAGACGGUCUCACAAGCUGAAGAGGGGAGAGUACAGCGUGACACUAAAGCUACCUACCGGUCUACACGAGUACAAGUUCCGGAUCGGGAACAACUGGUUUCACGACAACUCGAAGACGACAGUGGCCAACUGUUUUAACACGCUGAACAACGUGAUCAACGUUACCAUGACUACCUGACGUCAUCAACUGAGGCAAUAUUACAUGCAAAUACAUAUGCUGCAUUGAAACAAAUACCAGCGAUUCUGCGUAUCAAAUAUAUCGCUUU